CUAUAUAGAGCGAGGAGCUGAGCACCUGCUGCAUCGAGCAUCACAGGUCAGGUACAACAGAUUUUAAGUUUAUCUGGAGACGACCACCGUCAUGACCCCAGUGUUCAUUUUCCUCCUCUUCCUCUCUUUGACCGUCGUUCCUCCGGGUGCAGCUGAUGAUGGAGCUCAAACAGACUCUUCUGCGGAUGUCUCUGAAGUCAUCGCGAGAGCUAAUACAGGCAUAACUUCGAGACUGAUGCACGGAGACAUCAGGCAAAAUCUGGACAGGAAUGCGAGUCCCUGCACCGCCAGAGGCUGCAAGUGGCCCAAACGUGGACGCCAUGUCUACGUGCCCGUCGCGAUCUCGUCCAGAUACAGCAGAGCAGAGCGCAACAUCAUCAUCAGAGGCCUGCUGACCUUCCACGCGUCCACCUGCAUUCGCUUUGUGUGGAGGCGCAAUUGGCACAGGAACUACAUCUACAUUUACUCUGGAGAUGGGUGCUGGUCCUACCUCGGCCGUCAGAGGCGUGGACAAUAUGUCUCCCUGAUGCGAAACGGUUGCGUGUACACGGGCACGGUGCAGCAUGAGAUUCUUCACGCUCUGGGCUUCCACCACGAACAAGUCCGCUCCGACAGAGACGACUUUGUCUCCAUCCUCACCCAGAACAUUCAGUCAGGAACGGAAUCUAACUUUGCGAAGGUGCAGACCAACAACUUGGAUACUCCCUACGACUUCAAUUCCAUCAUGCAUUACAGCAAAUACGCCUUCUCCAAAAAUGGCCAGCCAACCAUCAUCGCUAAGAGCAAUCCGAACCUGAACUUCGGAAGAGCCACUGAGAUGAGCGAGAAUGACAUCACCCGUGUCAACGAGCUGUACCAGUGCUGAAGGGGUUCGACCUCCAGAUACUUCAAGUCUCGGCUUGUGAUGAUAAAAACCGAAGGCACUCGACUGCAAGAAUCUUAGCACAAAACAAACUCGUCUUGGAUAAAUAAUCUGCUUACAUGUUCCUUAUUGAUACAGACGUCUGAAACCCUGUCACUGUUUUUUCGUUAGCUUCUGUUUGUGUUCUAAACCGGCAACAGAUGCUUUUCUUGCUUUAACGUAUUAUUAUGAUGUAAAUGAAUAAUGUAGAUAUAGAGCAAUGACACAUCUGUGUUUAGUUUGAUUUCUUUUAACCCUUUCUUUUACUAUGCCAUUUUGUCUUCCACUGGACACAAAAUCUCCUGGGAAGAUGAAGAUUGA